ACGAGACGAUCUAGGAUGGCGUCGAGGGUUUCGCUGAAGAGCGGGGGCGGCGGCGGCGGCGGCGGCAGGGGGAAGGGGGGCAAGGGAGGGGGCGGCGGCGGCGCCCGGGCGGUGGAGGAGGAGGGGUGGGGGGCGGCUCAGGCGAUCAAGGAGUGGAGCACGUGGGCGAUGAAGAAGGCCAAGGUGAUCACCCACUACGGCUUCAUCCCCCUCGUCAUCGUCAUCGGCAUGAACUCCGAGCCCAAGCCCCACUUCUCGCAGCUCCUCUCUCCCGUCUAAGUAGUCUCUCUCUCUCUCUCUCUCUCUCUCUCUCUCUCUCUCUCUCAUACUCUUUCCCCUUCUCUUCGUGUUUUUUUUGGAGUUUCCGUUUCUGCUCGUUCGAGCUUUGGAGCAGGAGCUGUGCCCCUUACCUGCUACUUUUUUAGUGACGUCUCGAUACUGUCAAACUAUUCGCGGCUUUUAUGUAAUCGAUCUUUUAGUUGCUUGUC